CUCCCCACUCCCGCCCGCAUCAAGAUUUCGAAACUGACCCCGGCGCCGCCGCCUCCAUCAAUCCGGGAAACCCUAGGAAUGGAACUCCAAGAGGAGAUAGGAGCCAAACCUAACCCUAGGGCAGAUGAGAGCGUCGUUGAGGCCUCCGCGUCAGAGGAGAGCGACAUCUCGGAGGAUGAUUAUUCCGACUUGCGUAGAUCCAAUGUGCUGGGGUGGCUUUCAGAUCUGGAGGAGGACGACGACGGUUUCACCGAUAUACCGCCAUACUCUAUAGUCGCGUACCCAGAUCUUCUCGAGAGAGGAUGGGGAUGGGAAAGGUUGGUGCCCUACAGUUGUCAUUCUGUUCAGUGGUCCGAAUACAAGACAUACCUUGAGGGCUAUUACAGCCACAAUGCUGGCCAAGUUGCCGCUCUUUGUGCCCAGCACAAGCCUGAGCCAAUUGGACAAGGUGUUGCUGCUGAAUAUAAUGUCCUGCAUGCUGCAGCCAACCUGUGUCUCGAGAUUGAGGACAAGUUUCUUAGGAGCUGUCUUGACGAUAUCACUUUUGAAGAUAUCAAGCUGAGCCAUGAUAUCAAGAACCAUGCAAGGCGUAUGAUCAAGUCAGAGGUUAAAUCUUCUGUUGCAGCUGCGGGCUUGGUGUGUAUCACGAAGGAGGCUGAGUUGAUGUGCAUGUUGGUGAAAUGUCCGUUUGAGGCCACCAAAAUGCUCACCUUGAGCAAUAAGAUCCGGCGGUCUGCCUUAAAUCUUAUGCUCUAUAAAGGGACUGAAUCCGAUGCUGUAGCUGCCACCGCUGCCAUGGUGGGUAUCACAAAGGAGGCUAAGAACCUUUGUGACCUGCUGAGUCAAGACGACCAAGACAUAUAUCUGGGGUAUAUACCUUGUAAUACGAUCCGGCACCAUGCAGCAAUAGUUUUGACCAUGCUUGAGAAAGAAUUUGCUCGCGAAACUGCUGGUGGCACUCUUACUAGUGAUAAAUCAGAGAAGCCUAUUGGGGCCAGUGCUGUUAGAUAUCUGAGUUGUGAAGAAUCUGACUCAAUGGAGAACUCUAAAAAGGAUGUGAAUGAACACUGUGUAAAGGACAAUAACACUAAGGGGAAGAAGAGGAGAAACAAGAACUCAAACAAACGGGCAGAGAAGAAGUUGAAGAGGAAGUUGAAGAAGGAGAAGAGGAAGCUGGAGGAGAGGAAGUUGGAGAAGAGGAGGUUGAAGAAAGAGAGGAGGAGGUUGAAGAAGAAUGGAAAUGAGGCCAAGCUCAGCUCGACAAUUACCUUGAAGGGAAAGCCUCUGCAGACAUCUGAGCUACCGAAGGGGUCAAAUGGACGAAGUUACAAGGGGUGGAUGAUGCCCUAGGAGUAACCAGAAGGAUCUAAUGGAGUUGGGAGGAUGGCUGUGGUUUCUUUUGGGCCGCACUUUGUAUUCUGGCUGUGAGCGUUUGGACCGUAAUACAGUAAAGUACUAGUACUGUAUGUCACUUAAUGUUAUGGCUGUGAGUGUUUUGGGGACGUGUUCAAGUGAAGUACUGGUAUUGCAUGUUUCCUCGGUCUAUGAUGUGAUCUGUAUACCUGGUUUUAUGUACCAGUGCCAAGUUCUCUCUUGUUGCA